AUGACUGCAAUAACUAGAAAAUUUACUUGGUUUAUCAAGGAUUUAGGUAUAUCCAUCGUUGGAGAGAAAUGCUAUGUUUCUCUCGUAGAAAACUUGAAUAUCAGCGAUGUAGAGUGUAUCAAGUACUCGCUCUCCAAGGGUAUUGGACUGGGUAUCGUCGUAGGAGGCUCUAUCAUGAAAGUACCUCAAUUAUUGCUAAUCGUGUCUGCACGCUCUGCGCGUGGUCUCUCUCUUCCUGCAUACGUCCUUGAGACACUCGCAUACGCGAUCACGCUUGCGUACUCAUACCGGAAUGAAUUCCCCUUCUCAACCUAUGGCGAGAACUUAUUCCUCACCAUCCAGAACGCCGUCAUCACCCUCUUCAUACUGUACUACUCGUCGACGCCACGACUCACACACGCGUCGAGCUCCACCUUGCCGAAGGUUGCCUUCGCCGCAGUCGCCAUGAUCGUCUGCGGCAUCGCCUUCGCAUUCCUGCCGACCGCCACCCUCGCACCGCUGCAGCUCGCGACGCUGCCCCUCUCCCUCUUCUCCAAGCUCCCCCAGAUCCAGCAGAACCACCGCGCAAAAAGUACCGGCCAGCUCUCAGCGUUUGCCGUGAUCGCGCAGAUCGGCGGUUGCCUCGCGCGCUUGUUCACAACCGCGACCGAGGUCGGCGACCCCCUCGUCAGCGCGGGCUUCGCGCUGGCGCUCGUUCUCAACUGCGUCGUCGGCGCACAGAUGUACAUGUACUGGGGCAAGGACGAGAAGGAGGACGUCGCGAGGGUGCCCAUUGCCGUGCAAGAGCAGGAGAAGGUCCCAUGGCAAGCGCCUGCCGAGAAGGUCGAGGUAGUGAUUCCGCCACAUUCACCCACCCGUCGUCAAUCCGGCAGGAAGUGGGCGCGGAAGAUAGAUUAA